AGAUUUUGUCAAACAUUUGCGAAUAUAUUAAAAGAAAUAGAGAAGAAAUCACAAACAGAAGAUUACGCAGGGGCGAUGUGUAUGUUGAAUGUGGAACACCAAAAUUUUCAGCAACUGUUCACUGACGUCAUUCAUUGCACAGAGGACACGUACCCUGUGUUUGUAGAUUUAGCAGCCACCACUAUUGCAGACGGAGCUAUUCUAUUCACUGCCAUGACAACAUACGAGUUUGGUAUAGAAUAUUUUGAGAAAUGCUUGCAAAAAACUAGAGAGUUCAAAGAGGAAAUAGAUGAAUCUAAAGUGUUAACAGGAUAUGGAAGGGUCCUCACGAACAUUAAGGGAAAUUAUGACGAGGGAGAGGACAUGUUUCGAGUUGCAUUUGAAUUAAGAAAACGCCAUCCCGAAAGAAGAGACUUUUACCUUGCUCACUUAUGUCAAAGUUACGGUUGGAAUCUUGGAUGUCAAGGGAAGUUUACGGAAUCUUUUAGGUAAUACAAAUAUAAUCUUCGAUUGUAAUUUUAUUUUUUAAAUACUGAGUGGUGUCACUAAGAAACCUACAAUUGUCAUUGAGACAAUUUUCCA